AUGUUUGGCAAGUAUUGUGCAAUCUUUUCUGUGCAGAUUGGUGCCUUACUGGUCUCUGCCGACAUCACUUCUGUGCCAACUGAAGCGAGCUGCAUUGCCAAUGCAGACCUUGCAAUUGCAAAAUCCGCCGAGAAGGAGGAGGACAAGGUGACAAGCUCCAAGCUGUUCAAGCGGCACCUGGCAGAGUAUUUCUGCAAGUUAGGUUCGCCUAGAAUGACGGUUCUGGAGCUUGGCGUCCAUCACGGGUAUUCUACAGCAGUUUGGGCCAGCAUCUUCCAGAAGGUCAUCGCUGUGGACCUCAAAGAGGAACUGCUUAGAGUUGCAGCUGCAAGAACUGCAAAAAUGACCAAUGUGGUCUUCUUGGCUGCCAAUCUCAUGGCCGACAGCUGGACCACCUUCCGUAACAACCGCGUGGAUGCCGUAAUCAUCGAUGCGAAUCAUGACUACCACCAUGUCAGGGCAGACGCAUACAACUCCUUGCGCCACCUUCCCUAUCUGAGGCACAUGGCCUUCCAUGACCUUGGAACUGAAGAAGGGGUGUUGCAAACUGUAAGGGAGCUUUCCGGAAGGCGCAUUCUAAGGAACUGCAGGAAGCUCGGGCAAGGCUGGGAUGGAAGUAGCUGGUCUUACAACUUAUGGGAUCCAGCCACGGGAGCCGUAACCCCGGCGAUGACCAACUUAUCCGAAGGAGUCGCAUGCCGGUCUGUGAAGCCCCAGAAGCUGCAGCCCCCCUUCGCGAAUCUGCGCUACUUGGUCUACAAGCAGCCAAUAAGCCAACUUUGCCAUGCAGGGCUUUUCCGCUUCGUGCCCGGAGGGUUGCUUGUGACUCGCUGA